UUUAAUUUAUUCCGGUUCUUUUAAAGCUUCAAAUCUCACGAACUCCCAAGCUAACAAGUAACAACAACAUUCACGAGGAGAGAGAGAAAAGAAUUGUAAAAAAAGCAAAGUGGAUAGAGUCAUAGAGAGAGAGAGAGAGAGACCCCCUCCAUCGGCUCUGUUUCCUCCUGUUCUCAUGGAAGAUUCACCCAAUGAUCGCCUUCAUUUUGGCAUCAUGGGUUUCGGGUGUGAGCAUUACAGGAGGAGAUGCCAAAUCAGAGCUCCUUGUUGCAACGAAGUCUUCCCUUGUCGCCAUUGUCAUAACGAGACCACUACCAUCCUUCCUUUGUUAAAACAGAGCACUUUGCGGAAUAUUUUCGACCGUCAUGAGCUUGUUCGUCAAGACGUUAAACAUGUGAUUUGUUCGGUUUGCGAUACAGAGCAGCCGGUAACUAACUAUUCUCAUCACUAUAACUAUUCUUAUGAGAUGAUCACUCAAUGUUUCUAUCAGGUAGCUCAAGUAUGCUCCAACUGUGGUGUCAACAUGGGAGAAUACUUUUGCAAUAUCUGCAAGUUCUAUGAUGAUAAUACUGAAAAAGAACAGUUCCAUUGUGAUGACUGUGGAAUCUGUAGAGUUGGUGGGCGUGAGAACUUUUUCCAUUGCAAGAAGUGUGGAUCUUGUUAUGGGAUUGGUCUGCGCAACAACCACCGCUGCGUGGAGGAUUCAAUGCGACAUCACUGUCCCAUUUGUUACGAGUAUCUGUUUGACUCCCUUAAAGAAACUACAGUGAUGAAAUGCGGACACACAAUGCACUGUGAUUGCUACCAUGAGAUGCUCAAACGUGACAAAUUUUGUUGUCCGAUUUGCUCGAGGUCAGUGAUUGAUAUGUCCAAAACAUGGCAGAGGAUGGAUGAAGAGGUCGAAGCCAUUUCUAUGCCUUCAGAUUACCGUGACAAGAAGGUUUGGAUACUAUGCAAUGACUGUAACGACACAACACAAGUAUACUUCCACAUAAUCGGACAGAAAUGUGGACAUUGUAGAUCUUACAACACUAGAGCGGUCGCACCUCCCGUUCUUCCUCAAUGACAAAACGAAAGAUAAUUCACUUAUUGCCACCAGCAAGCGAGCAAGAACUUCUUGUUGCUAUAAAAAAAAACAGUGGCAAAGAUUGAUGAUCGGUUAUAUAACAAAAAGGGACUAAAGAAAGAUUGAUUGGUCACAAAAGCAGAACAUACAUUUGUCUUCUUCAUGAUUCGAUUUGUUUGUUGUUCUUAUAUUGUUAUAUUGUCAUGUAUAAUAUACUCUCGAUCCAGGGGAAAACCCUACCUGGAUUUAUAUGUUUUCAAAGAUCUGUUGAAAACUCAGGCAAUAUAUUAGUUGCAAUGUGUGUUUUCUAUGGUUGUUUGGAUC